AUGGGUUACCUGAAACAAAUUGACGUUGAAAACUUUAAGUCAUGGCGAGGGAAGCAACUUAUCGGCCCGUUCAUGCGAUUUAACUGUAUAAUUGGCACAAAUGGCUCUGGCAAGUCCAAUGUGAUGGAUGCCCUGAGCUUCGCCAUGGGGGAGCGGGCCGCCGCCCUGCGGGUGAAGCAUCUCCGGGACCUGAUCCACGGAGCCCACAUCGGGCAGCCCGUGUCGGACACCGCCAGUGUCGCCAUGCGGUACUGCGACGACCAGGACCUAGAGACCGUCUUCAGUCGGACCAUCACCAGGGAUUCUUCUGAGUACUGCAUCAAUGGCUUACAUGUGACUUCUGCCAAAUACAUGGAGGAGCUUCAGAAGAUUGGCAUUGUGACCAAAGCUCAAAACUGUCUGGUGUUCCAGGGGGCAGUGGAGUCCAUCGCUUUAAAGGACCCAAAGGAGAGGACCAAGAUGUUGGAGUGCAUUAGUCAGUCCAGGGAAUUCGCUGCAGAAUACCAGAAGAAGAAAGUGGCUCUGCUGAAAGCCAAAGAGGACACGCAGUUUCACUUUAACAUGAAAAAGUCUGCUACUGCAGAGAGAAAACAGGUGUUCCAGGAAAAAAUAGAGGCCCAGAGAUACCAGGAAUUGUUAGAUGAUCUUCAACAAAAUCGUAUGCAACUGACUCUUGCUGAGCUUUACCAUAAUGAAAAGGGCAACAGAGCUUCCAGUGACACUCUGAGGGAGAGACAGCUAGCAGUGGCUGCUAAGAAUGAGGAACUGGUAAACUCGGAGCGGAGGGUCAAAACCGACAAGAAAGAACAUGGUCGCCUCAUGAGAGAGCAGCAGAUCAUCGAGAAGGAAAUCCGAACACAGGAGCAUAUCCUUUCCCAGUGUCGGUCCCAGUACGUCAAAGCCAAAGUGAACACCUCUCAUCACAUGAAGAAGGCUGAGGAGGCCCGUUUAAGCUUACGGAAGAGUCAGAAGCUGUUGGCUAUUAAAGAGCAGGAGCUGGCAGAGGGUCGUCAGGACAUCGCUGAACUUGAAAGGACCUGGAGACAUUACGAGAAGCAGGUCAAAGAAUCGGGACCUGCCCAGAAGAGAGACGUUGAGCUAGAUAAGGAUCAGUUAGAGCGAUAUAAGGAGCUGAAGGAGCUGGCCUGUAAACAGGGGGCCAUCCUCAGACAGCAGGAAGAGAAGCUUCACUGGGAGGUGAGAGCGGACUGCGAAAAGAUGGCUUUCGACCAGCGCAGACAGAAGGAAGUAAAGGUUUCCAUCAGGAACAGCCAAACUCAGCUGGAAGAUAUGACACACAGAGCAGAGAAGCUAGAGGAGUACACCAAGACCUGCAUGUCAUCCCUUGAGGACUACCGUCAGCGGGAGGAGGGGCUGAGUGCAGAACUGCAGCAAGGUAGCCAACGUAGCGAGGAGGUGAACCAGGAGCUGAACCAGGUGAUGGAGGAGCUGGGGAACGCCCGUCUGGACAGGCAGGAGAGCAAACGACAGCUGCAGCGCAAAGAGCUGCUUGAGAAGCUCCGCAGACUCUUCCCUGCAACUGUGUAUGGUCGACUGUGUGACCUGUGCAGCCCUAUCCACAAGAAGUACCUGCUGGCUGUAACCAAGGUGUUUGGCCGCUAUAUGAGUGCCAUCGUGGUGGCAUCAGAGAAAGUAGCCCUUGACUGUAUUACUUUCCUCAAGGAGGAGAGAGCUGAACCGGAGACAUUCCUGCCUGUUGACUACUUGAUGGUGAAUCCUUUGAACGAGCGACUGAGGGAGAUGCCUGGUGCCAAGAUGGUGGUGGAUGUCAUACAAGUCAAUCCUGGCACAGCUGCUGCUCAGCUGAGGAAAGUGGUGCAUUUUGUCUGUGGCAGUGCCCUGGUGUGUGAAACCAUCAAAGAAGCCAGGAGUAUCGCCUUUGACAGACAGGAACGCUUCAAGACAGUUUCUCUGGAUGGGACACUGUUUGCAAAGUCAGGUACAAUCUCUGGAGGCUCCAGUGACCUGCGCACCAAAGCUCGCUGCUGGGAUGAGAAGGACAUGAUGCUGCUGAAGGAACGCAAGGACCAGCUGAUCAUUGAGUUGCGCGAUUUGAUGAGGCUGAAGAGGAAGGAGUCAGAUCUAAAACAGAUAAUUGCGGAGGCUCAGGGAGCUCAGACCCGCCUCAAAUACUCUAAAGCUGAGUUGGAAAACCUUCGGAAGAAAAGCAUCGUUAAAUGUCAAGCGGAGAUUUCUCGAAUGGAAAGUGUACUAGCCAACCUGAACUGUCAGAUUCAGAUGCAGCAGCAGAGUGUGGAGGCCAAGAAUGAAGAGAUGAAGGCGAUUAAAGACCAGAUUGACCGGAUGGAGGACUUGGUUUUUUCUGACUUCUGCGCUGAGAUUGGUGUGGACAGCAUCAGGGAGUAUGAGCAGGAACACUUGAAACAGCAGGCGGAGUUUGAUAAUAAAAGGCUGGAGUUUGAGACUCAGCACACUCGUCUGAAUGCACGGAUUGAAUAUGAACAACAUCAACUGGAGCAGCAGAGGAAGAAGCUCCGCAAAAUGGAGGAUGCCAUUAAUGAGAAGGAGAGAGCCAUGGCUAAACAGAGAAACGAUGAGAUGAGGCUGUUGGAGGUGGUGGAGGAGGGUCAGAAUAAGCUGCUGGAGCUGAACAACCAGCUGCUGUCUAUGAAAAGCCAGGUGGCUGCUGUCAAAGCUGAGUUGGACCAGAAAAAUCAAAGCCUUCGGGAGAUUAACAAAGAGUUAGUGAAUCGUCAGCGAGAGGUGAUGUCUGCAGAGACUACCUUGGAGCAGAAACGCUUGGCUAGACAUAACAUGCUGCUGGCCUGCAAGAUCCAGGACCUGCCCAUCACUAUGCUGUCAGGCAGCCUGAAUGAAAUCAGUGAAGUGCAGCUGGACACAGACUCUGAAAGCACCUCAGCCACUAUGGACAUCUAUGAGAGAGAGGCACAUAUGGUCAUCGACUACUCUGAGCUAGAGGCAGAGUGCAGGGGUCUGCAGACUGAGGAGGAGGUGGAGGCCUACCUGGAGAGACUGAAGGAGUCAGUGCUGUCUGUAGAGGGAAUGCUAAAUCGUACCACUGUCCCCAACCUGAAGGCUCUGGAGAAAAUGAGGGAGGUCAAGGACAAGUUUCAGGGAGUGAUGGAUGCCUUUGAUGCCAGCACUAGAGCAGCCAGGAAGUGUAGUCAGGAGUUCGAGCAAGUAAAAGCCCAGCGCUUCCAGCUCUUUAGCAAGUGCUUUGAGCAUGUGUCUGUCGUAAUCGACCAAAUCUAUAAAAGAAUAUGCAGGAACAGCAGCGCCCAGGCCAUUCUGAGUGCAGAGAAUCCAGAUGAGCCAUACUUGGGUGGCAUCAACUACAACUGUGUGGCGCCAGGGAAACGCUUCAUGUCCAUGGACAAUCUGUCUGGUGGAGAAAAGGCAAUCGCUGCUCUGGCUUUCAUAUUUGCCAUUCACAGCUUCCGCCCUGCUCCUUUUAUCAUCUUGGAUGAGGUGGAUGCAGCCCUGGACAACAGUAACAUCGGCAAAGUGACCAGUUUCAUCAGAGAGGAGUCCAGUAAGAACAUGCAAAUCAUCGUCAUCUCACUGAAGGAGGAGUUUUUCUCUCAGGCAGAUGCAUUGCUGGGAGUCUACUCAGGUUUUGAUGAAUGCAUGUUCAGUUGCAUUCUGACAUGUGACCUGCGUCCUUAUCCUCUGAAUGAAGAGGAACGGGGGGACACAGACCAACAAGGAGCUCAUACCACAGGAUUCAUGUAG